GAUAGUAUUUUUGAAAAAAUGUUUUCAUGCUCUUCUGCUUUUGCAGAUAAUCAUUAUCUUGUGUAUCCUUUUAAAUUGCUGUGUAGAUAUAGUAUACUAUAUAUUGUAGGCAUAUUUGUAUUAGUCUUCAGUCCACAUACAGUUUUUUUUUUAAAGCUAGAGCCUUUGAAUGUUUUUUUUGAUUACAGUACUUUUCUGCAGCUCCUGCUGCUUUAUACAGUACAGCUGCUCCUACAGGGGUAAAUAAAGUAUGUAUUGAUUGACUGUAAAUGCCAAGCUCGCACCCCAUUAUUUUAGCGUCAGUUAGACUUUUUUUAUAAUGUUUUGCUGUGCUUUAUCUUAUUCAAGCAUCGACUGCGUGCUGGAAGAAGUAGUCGGAUUAUUUACUUCGGUAUAAGUAGUAAUACCGAAGUUUGGAAAUACUCUAAGUCAGUUCUGCUGACAUGUUACAGGACUGCCAUUUAGUCGACUGAGUUGGAGCUCAUUUUAACUCCUCUAUAUACUGCUUUGGGCCCUGAAGUCUCACAUAGAGCAUUAUCCUGUGAGCAGAUCAUACGAUUUUUGGAUGUAUUGUCUGACUGCAAUGUAAUUAGUAACUAAAGCAGUCAGAUAACUGUCUUUGAGUACAAGUAUAAAGUAACAGAAAAGUACCUCAAAAUUUUACUUAAGUACAGGGCUGAAGUGAAUGUACUCAGUUGAUUUCCAUCACAUUCUAGUUUGUACUGAAUUUGCAGUAAAAUCAUCGUGGUUUUGGCUGUUGGGGUAAAGUUUAGACCUCUGUUUAUUUUUCUCAACUGAACUUCCUAAAGUUUGAUAUAAAUGCCCAUGAACAAAAGUAACUGUGAGGAAUGCCUCUUUUAGAAAGCUCUAGUGUUGCUCUUAAUCAUCACAGUUGGCACUAACAGACACACUGAGGGAUGUGGGAGGUAUUUUGAGUGAUGAAAAGUCAGCAGCCCCGUGGAGUUUUUCUUUACCCUAAAACACUUCAAAUCGCACUGUUUACAUAUGUUUCAUUUUAGCAGCGGGUUUCUAAGCUUUAAGAAACCACCGCCCUGUGAAAAGAAAAGGAGUCAGAAAAGCUCUCAGGCAUGAGAAAGACAGGAGAAAUCCCUGUAUGAUUCGGCGAGUGUAACACAAAUUAAUCUGAUUAAAGAAUUACUGCAUUCCACGGCUGAGUCUCGCAUAAUCAUCCAGGCAAAAAUGCAGGUUUACAAUGUUGUAAUGUUGAAAGUUCAGCUUCCCUGGGGUAAUUUAUGCUUCUACUAGCAUACAAAACUGUAACCCUCCUUUAAAAAUGCCAUCCCCUAAUUACAAAUCAAUUAUACCCGACACACAGAGCUUUCUUGGUAUCCAAUGACGGCCUCCCUCUAGGGAGUUCACACACAGGCAAUCAGGUUUGGCAGGACUGGUUAAUGAGUGACUAGACUUGGUAGAGGGCAGGUACACUUUACACUUUCAGAGAGGAUCUAAAUGUGGGGACAUGUCACCUAAAUUAAACUGCGGAUAAUCCAAAGAUACUUCAGCCUGGACUGAAAACAUUGGAUGGUGUGCCAUAUUUUUGAAAAACCGACAACACACGGCUGAUUGUAUUCUCCUCUCCAUGGUUCCAGAGAUGAGAUCACAUCCAUAAUCGAGCUCGGACAAUCAGCCGACCCUGAUUGGACUCUCUUCCUCUCGACGAGUUGCUGCCUGCAGCCGCGGUGGGAGCCGGAGUCGCCAUGGAGACGGUGGUGAUCGUGGCCAUUGGGGUGUUGGCCACCAUUUUCCUGGCCUCCUUCAUAGCCCUGGUGGUGGUGUGCAGACACCGCUACUGCCACCCGCACGACUUGCUGCACCACUUCGACUCCAAACCCACGGUUGAUCUGAUCGGAGCCAUGGAGACUCAGAGUGAACCGUCGGAGCUGGAGCUGGACGAUGUGGUCAUCACCAACCCUCACAUCGAGGCCAUCCUGGAGAACGAGGACUGGAUAGAAGAUGCCUCGGGUCUGGUCUCUCACUGCAUCUCCAUCUUAAAGAUCUGCCACACUUUGACUGAGAAGCUGGUUGCCAUGACGAUGGGCUCAGGGGCAAAGGUCAAAGCACCAGCCAGCCUGAGUGACAUCAUUACUGUGGCGAAACGCAUCAGCCCGAGGGUGGACGACGUGGUCCGAUCCAUGUACCCGCCUCUGGAUCCGAUCCUCCUGGACGCCAGGGCCACUGCACUGCUCCUUUCAGUCAGCCACCUGGUGCUGGUCACCCGCAACGCCUGUCACAUGUCCGGCAGCAUGGACUGGAUCGACCAGUCGCUCCACGCGGCCGAAGAUCACAUGGUGGUUUUGCGUGAGGCGGCGCUGGCCUCUGAACCGGAACGAGGCAUACCUGGAGCUGACGCACAGAGAGAACAGGCCAUUUAGGGCAACCGCAGACACUGACCCAAUCAAGCGUUAGCGGAGGGGCGGGGAAACGUGUCCAUCUUGUCCUUGGGCUGCGUUCUUUUUCUCAAUUCUGUACUCGGUUGAUACUUAACGGGCACAUAUUCUGCCAGUGUUGAAAAGGCACACUUCCCAAACUCGUCAUCUAGUCCAAAUUAGUGAGGACUUCUGUUCAGUAAAUGGGCCGUGCUGAUGGAUGCAGGGACUUGACUCUAUCCCUCACUUAAAAAAAACAAAACAACCAUUUUCAACCAAUUAUUUUUGUAUCCUAUUUGCAACAAAGAGUGCUGGCGAUUACCUUGCAUUCACUACAGCUACAUAGUAAUUGCUGUAAAGUACAUGUCACACAUUCAGAGAUGGUUUUUUGUUUUUUUUUGUUUUUGUAUGUAACCCUAAAGCAGAUCUUUUUAGAGUUGGUCUGUCAAAGAUGUAAGCUGCCUGCAAGUGAAAGGCAUUUGGAAAUUUCUUCUUGAGUGCGCCAUCACCCAGCAGUGGCUCUAAAUCCAAUCUCUCCAGCACUGCACAGUCACAUGUAGGCUUAGUCAGCUAAUCCAUUCUGAGGAAAAUAACACCCAGUUAGCCAGUGAGCUCCAACUCAGUGGACCAAUGGAGGGCUAACCUGACUUAUUUACAAUCUGUGGGGUCAGCGUGACUUGUGGAUGUUCAAAAAACAUCCCUCAGAUACCCUCAGGCUGCUAGAAAUCACCCGGCUGUGGGCUUUUCUCUUUGCAGCUGAAGAGACCAGCAGCACUAGUUUUAGCCACAUCAGCAUCAUCGGAGUAAAUGUUUUUCCCAGUUGAGUAAUGCCCUUUUGUCCCAUCGCUGUAUCGUAUCAUGAUCUAUUGAGGCUGUUAAACAUCUGAGAACCUGGUAUCUCUUCCUCUUGAAAGUUAUUAGCCAUGCUAGCAGCAUGCCUGGGAGAGCCAGCCCGGCACUUUCGUCCAGAAUAGAAUAUCUCAACAUCUACUGGAUGGAUUGGUACAAAAGCUUCGACAGACGCUCAUGGUUCCCGAACGAUGAAUCCUAAUGACUUUGGUUUCCCAGCCCCAACAACUUGGAUAGCCAGGAAAUAGUACUGGUUCUAGAUUGAUUGGCACAAAAAUAGAUAUUCAUAAAAAGGCGGAUAUGUACGUUCCCUCUGAGGAUGAAUUAUAAUGACCUUGGUGAUCAAUUACCUUUUUGUCUAGGUCCAUCAUCAGGUCAAAAUUUUUAACUUGUCCCAUACUCUAGUAGUUUAUUAUCGUGGCUGUGGACUCUUGUUUUUCCCCUGUCUGAUUUUUCCAAAAGUCAGGGCAAGACAGUGAAUGCUAAAAAGAAACACUUGCUCUUUAAAUCAGACCCCAAAAUGUUUUGUUUUUUUUUAAAUUGAAAAGUAGCUAUCAACUUCAGCUGUAUCUCAUGUUCCUAUCUACAUCUGACCAGGGACAAAAAAAAAAAA